GUGAAUAAUUGAUCCACCAAAGCUUUAUGCUUUUAACCUAAAGCGAAACUCUCUCCUUUUCCUCAUAAAAUCUCCCUAUAAUUUGGUCAAUAAAUUUAGGGUUUUUAUAGCUUUGGUGCUGAUCUCUUCUGGGUGUAUUCUUAUUGGGAGAUCAUCUUUGGGGGAAAAAUAUUGAUUUUGGGGUUUGAUUGUGAAGCCAAUGCCAUUUGUUUAGAAUUGGGAUUAAAAAGUACUGAAGGAGGACUAAUUUUCAAUGUCUUGGGCUGGCCCUGAUGAUAUCUUUCUCUCCACUUCUCUUGCAACUUAUCUCGACAAGAAACUCCUUGUCUUGCUGAGAGAUGGCCGGAAGCUUUUGGGAUUAUUACGUUCUUUUGAUCAAUUUGCUAAUGUUGUUCUAGAAGGAGCUUGCGAAAGGGUUAUUGUUGGCAAUAUGUACUGUGAUAUCCCGUUAGGUCUCUAUGUAAUCCGUGGGGAGAAUGUUGUCUUAAUAGGAGAGCUGGACUUGGAAAAGGAGGAGCUUCCGCCACAUAUGAAUGCCGUGUCGGAAGCCGAGAUAAAAAGGGCUCAGAAAGCUGAAAGGGAAGCAACAGAUCUGAAGGGCUCCAUGAGAAAAAGAAUGGAGUUCCUUGAUUUCGAUUAAUAGAUCCCGCCAUUUCGUUAGAGUUUCAUGCUAUGUUUGCAAAUAUUAGUGCGAUUUUGACCCAAAAUUCGAAACGACGUUGGGAUAGCAUGAAAGAUUCUUGCAUUAUCUCUGAAGACCUUGUAUAUCUAAAAAAGCUUGGAGAGAGGAAGUUCGUUUUUCCCGUCUCUUAAGAGGCAAGUAAGAUGAUUUCCUCUACGUGCAAUACGAGUUUUAGGGUUAUAGAAGUUUUUUUCUUAUACCCGAAACAGUCUUUACUCAUUUUAUGUUUCUCUCUGCUUCCUUUCUAGGCUCUUACAUUUCAUUUGAGUGGAUAACUGUUCAAGAUUGCUGUAGAUUGUUACUUUGGUGCCGCAUUUUGUUAUGGCACUAUCGCUUUCGAUUAUAUUCGUAACGUGUUUAGUUAUGUUUCACUAUCAUUA